UUUGAUUAAUUGAUUGAAUUUAGUUUGAUGUUAAUGAUUAAGAAUCUUUUACAUACAAAUAAAUGAUUGAUUUAUCAUAUAUAGGCUAUCAAAAUAAAAUAUAUUUUGCCAAUUAUAUUUAUUUUCUAAUGCCAACUCAAAGUCUUAUUUUUUUAAAUUUUACUUAUUUUGAUAAAUAUAGACAAAUUAAUUAUAUUUUGUAUUGCCAACUCAAAGUCUUAUGCAUCAAAUAUAUCUUGAUGUGUUAGUCUUAAAGAUCGAAGACUAUAUUCCUUAAAAUCACAUGAUUACCACAUCUUGAUGCCAGAUUUACUGCCAGUUGCUUUACGAUGUUAUAUGUCAAAAAAGGUGAUGUCUUGUAUAAUUGAAGUAUCCAAUAUAAUGAAAGUCAUUUGUGGCAAAGUUUUGGAUGUUCAAGAACUUGAGAAAGUACAAGAUCGAGCCGCUUUGACUUUAUGCAAUUUGGAGAAGAUCUUCCCACCUUCCUUCUUCACUAUUAUGGUGCACUUGCUAAUCCAUCUCCCUCAUGAAGCAAUACUUGGUGGACUCGUUUUCUAUCAAUGGAUGUAUCCCAUAGAAAGGUUUCUAUCCAAAUUGAAGUCUUAUUGCUGUAAUAAGCAUUAUCCGGAAGGAUCAAUUGCUGAAGACUACUUGGCAGAGGAGUGUAUGACUUUCUGUUCUAGAUAUUUGGAAGAUGUUAAAACAAGACUGAACAGACCAAGUAGAAUUGCUGGGCUCACUGAUCAUAACUUGACCGAAACUUAUUUAUUUCAAAGUUAUGGAGAACCAAUCGUCAAAGUUGAAAUUGCAGAAUUAGAUGAUAGAUCGUGGGUAUAAGCACAUCGAUAUGUUCUUUUUCACCACGAUUCAAUGGAACUAUUACGCAAGUAAGUUAUAGAAUUUGAUAAAUAUUCAUCAAUUAUAAUUUUUUUAUCUUCUAACAAAGUAAACCUCUUUUUAAUAUAGUGAGUACAAACAAAUAUUGAGAUCUAGUUCACGCUCCCGAAGAUUACAACAUCGAGAG